AGUUGAACUCGUGUGAGCUCAGAGUCAGGUGUAAACAUAUAUGAAAUCGCACUCUUAUUUAUUAUAACGAUGUUUGAAUUUUAAGAAAAAAUAAGCAUUUUACUCGCAGCUUGUUGCCAGCGCAGGAUGAGGACUCUGUUUUGAAUCAACAGGGACAAACGAAACGCCACGGAAAGCGUUCAGCUGCCUGAUCUCAUUUUUCCCCCCCCAAUUUUAGAGCUAAUUCAUCCGGACUGAGUCAAAAUGCCGCAGCCUGAACCCCAACAGACAACUCCGACAACGGCGACAGAAAUACUGGAUCCAGCAGUUCACUACCUGCGUCGAAGGAAAACAGCUCUGUGGGUGACGGUGUCUCUGCUGGCUCUGUCUCUGCUGGUGAUGGCUGUGGGUCUGAUCUCUGCCACUCGCACCACCAACGUGCCUGCGGCUGGAUAUUACGCCGGCAUCGUCCUGAGUUUUGGAGCAUUUCUGGGUAUUGUUGGCAUCCACCUGUUGGAAAACCGCAGACCCAUGCUCGUGGCAGCGAUCAUAUUCAUCAGUAUCGGAGUCAUCUCGUCUUUCUUCUGUGCCAUUGUUGAUGGGAUCAUCGCUUCAGAGUUCAUUGACAUAAGGCCUUUGCAGGAGGAAAUGUGUGACUAUUACGCCAGUGACGCAGGCUACGCCUACGACAGAUACUAUACGGAGGUGACGUGCCGUGCAUAUGAAAAAACAUGCAAGCUGAAGCUGAGGAGCAACACCUGCUACUGCUGCUACCUGUACAACUGUGGCAGCACAAAUUACCACGCACAGUAUUACGUGUUCACCGGGGUCAACAGCUGCUGGGAUGUGAUCCACCUGUACCGUCUGCUGUGGGCCUCAGUGGUGCUCAACGUGAUCACCUUGUUCCUGGGCAUCAUCACCGCCGCCCUCCUCGGGGCAUACAAGGAUGUGCAGAAGCCGACUCUUCAGAUUGGUCCCAGCCCCACACCCCCACCCCACAUCCUGUACAACCCGACCCAGCACAUGCUCACCUACACCGGCUUCUGCCCUUCAGGACAAACUCUGCCCGCCUACCCCAACUAUCCAAUACCUAUGCCGCACAACAGCAGCUAUCAGCAACCUGCUACUCCCCAGAUGAUCCCUGAGGGAGGCCAUGCCUCCAACUCGUGCCUGUCUGAGGAGAACCAGCAGCAGCCCCCUCAGGCUCCCACCCAGCCACAGCCUCAUGGAACCACUCAGGAACCAGGGGGCUACAUGCUGACACCCAACGCUCCUGUCCUCUACGGAGCCGCCUACAACCCCUUUGAAAAACCGCCACCUUACGCCUGCUGAGCCCAGAGACAAACAUCUAGGGCAUGUUGGAGGAGAACUAUUUGGUCAGAGUGAAUGUAGCACAAUACAUUUGAUAGGUGACCUUGUAGACGGAAAACCCUCAGUGAGUUUCACAACUACUCUGCACUCAUAGAAAUGUUACAUUUCAUGUGGCUGCACUGAGGAGAGACACAGAUUUAUAGCUAUGUAGUGUGACUAUAAAGACAUGACUAUGUUAUUUCAUGUGUAAUCAUCAAAAGAACAGUUUGGGAAAUAUGCUUAUUCACUUUCUUGCAGGGAGUUAGAUGAGAAGAUGGACACAACUCUGAUAUUUCUUGGUAAAUAUGAAGGUCCAGUUGUCUAACUUAACCACCAAAUCUUCCUAAUUAGGGGUCCAAGCCCGAGGCUGCAGGGCUGUGGAACCAUAUUGUUUUUCUAGAGAUUAUUAGGAUUCUUUCGCCGAUAAAACUCCCAGAACCCUGCAGGGACUACAGGUGCAUUUGGCCCUGUGACUCCUGUCACCUGUGUUUUCUGGAUCCGACUGAAUCUCGUGAUGUAGGCCACGCCCAUUUCUGUCUAG